AUGGUCCCUCCACAAAGAGCGGGAUCAUUCUCACCAAAUCCUGCGCAGACUCUUCAAACUGGCAGUAAUCAUUCACCUCAUCCAUCGCACACUGGUAUCCUCAGUGCUGGCGCAAGCCCCAGCACAAGCAGUCCAACGGGGGCCAACUCCCUGACGAAAAUUGUCGUCGCCCAAGUCUAUCUCUUGCUCAGUACCAUCAAGGAAGAUAAGGAUCGCGCCAAGUGGGAGCUGCAAGUCGAACAAUUAAGAAAGCUUAUCGAUGAACACGGUAUGGAGGUCUUUUCCAAAUACUUCACCCGGUUGGUGGCCGGCAACGCACCCCAGAUCUUCCCUGGUCUCAACAGGCAGGUCGCCAACCCAGGCAACUACCACAUUCUCGUCGGUGAGAUGCGCAAGAUUGCACACGAUGUCGACCAAGCAACAAAAAUAGCAGAGUCCGUCGAAAGCGGCACGGAAGACAUAUUCCGCGAAUUCGACUUGUCAACGUUUAUGGAGCACUUCAAGCUCGAUGCCUUGGAAAAGACCCUGUUAGCUUUGGCAUUUAAGCUCGGGUCUCGGCCUGAUUUGAAGACUAAAGCGGAUGCUAUCCUGUCGACUAAUUUCCCCACCUUCAUGGACAUCAUCUCUCGGCCAGAGAUUGAAGCCCACGCUGACCUAUCGCCCGCCUUUGUUUCGCUCAUCAUCGACAGGUUUUUGCAAUACUAUCCGCCGAGUUUCAACGCAGCCUCCCGCCGCGACCUUCAAAACUCCGUUGCCAAGCGCUACUUGUCUGUGGACCAAGCGCCCCCGUCUGAAGUUCUGGCGGCCCUCGAUAUCAGCAGAGUUCUAGCCGAUCGGCCCGCAAAUUCCCUGGCUCGCUAUAUCCAAAAAGUUGGACCGGAAUUUACAAAGGACGAGGAAUCGUGUUCCUCCUUCUUGCGAAGCCGUCCCAACAACAUCCAGCUCACCCCCGAGCAAGUCUCUGCCGCACUCACAUACACCACCAUCAGUCAAAAUCCGCCACAUGAUCCUAUCAUCCUCGUCAAUGCCCUCCUACGCCACGUUCCCAAACCUUUUGUGUGGGAAGAAGUCGUUCUCUCUUUCGAUCAGCCGUCGGCACGCAUCUCAUCUGCUCAAUUUUUACGGCUUUACAAAGCUCUUUUGCCCAUUGCCGAGGACCCAGCAAAUAAACUCGACAUCCAGCGGUUGUGGGGUGGCUCUUGGAGCGAGCCUGAGGCACAGCUGUCUUUUGUUAGCGCCUACGCUUCCUUGGGGCCCGACCAACUUGACGCAACUACAAUCCCCCACCUCCAGCGAAGCAUUACAAUUGAAGAUUACGCAAACUCCGCGCCCAACGUGCAAGAACGUGCCGCCGCCGUCGUCAAACAUCCUCUUGUAUCCGUGGCGGCGCUGUCAGCAAUCUUCAACGUUGCUCUAAAUUCCGUCCACGCUUCGCAGAGUGUCGAGGCAAAACGAUUAUUCCAGGAAGUAGUCGUUCCUAACCUUGACAUUUUCCUCGUGUCCGCUUUUGAAGUUCCCAGACAAUCCUGGGCUGCCAUGGCAAUUGACACCCUGAACUCCCUUUUCGAAACGUUUUUGUACAAGCGCUCGCCGGAGUAUGACUUCGUGCUCGAUAGCCUUUGGAAGAAAGACAAGGACUGGGUUAUUCAACGGCUUAUUGAUGCGCAUGCGGUUAAGCCUGUUGACCUUCCUCUCAUCUUCGACCAUGCCGCCAAGCACAACUGGUUGGAAGAGCUGGUUUAUCUUCCAAAUGGCUUUGGAAUCGAUCUCGCCGCCUUUGCCCACGCAGAGGGUUACUUGGACUUGUCAAAAUGGGCGCAAUACAAUGCCGAUAGGAGUAACGAGAUUGCUCGAACCUUGUUGCAAUUUCUCAUGAUCAAGGCCAAUCUGGAGAUUCAGUUCCAGAGACCACCAGAUGGCCAACCGCCUGUGAAAACAAGUACCAGUCUUCAGGUGCGGACCGUUUCAGCGUUGUUGCAGAUUCUCGAGGAUUUCCUGCCUAAGGCGCCGGUUCUCGAUCUCAUUCUCGUCCAGCGCCACUGCAUCACUGCGUACCCCCGAUUGAUCAACUACGGAGAAGGGUAUGACGAUAUCAUCGAUGCAAAUGGCAAGGAUGGAAAUGCUCUGCCGCAGGCAGCCAAUAGCAAGAUGGAAGAGCAUUAUAAAAAGAUGUACGGUGACGAGAUUCAGGUUCGCACGAUUGUUGAGAUCCUAGACCGCUACAAGCAUUCGCGGGAUCAGCUCGAUCAAGACGUAUUUUCCUGCAUGAUUCACGGUCUUUUUGAUGAGUACAACCAUUAUGUGGAUUAUCCUCUCGAAGCCCUUGCCACGACCGCCGUUCUUUUCGGAGGCAUCAUUUCCCACAAACUGAUUUCCGAUCUACCCCUUAAGAUAGGUCUUGGAAUGAUUUUGGAGGCAGUGAGGGAUCAUUCGCCCGAUGAUGCCAUGUUCAAGUUUGGUCUCCAGGCGCUGAUGCAGCUUUUGGUACGCCUCAGGGAAUGGCCAGGAUUUUGCAAACAGCUACUCCAAAUCCCGGGCCUUCAGGGAACAGAGGCAUUCAAGAAGGCGGAGGAGAUUGUUCGAGAUCACGAAGAGGAACUUGCCCGCGCUCGUAACGGAUCAGGCACGCCUCACGGAGCGGGAUUUCCAAACGAUUCCUUUGCGAAUGCAAAUGGCGACGAGCAGGCAAGCAUUGACCGCCCUGCGCCGGCAUUCACAGCCAUCAGUGUCGACCCCCCUUCUCAAGAAGUCGAGUUUGAAGAUCCAGAUGAUGAGACGCAAGGCAAGAUCCAGUUUGUCCUAAACAACAUCACUGAAAACACGAUACAAGCCAUGUGCGUUGAGCUUCGCGACAUGCUUGAACGAAGAUACCAGCAGUGGUUCGCCAGCCAUCUCGUCGAGGAACGCGCCAAGAUGCAGCCAAACUACCAUCAUGUGUAUCUCGAGCUUGUGAAACUGUUUGAAGACAAGAUCCUCUGGGCCGAAGUUCUCCGCGAGACGUUUAUCAGUGUGUCUAGGAUGCUCAAUUCUGAGGCGACUCUGCAAAACUCCACAGAGAGAUCACAUCUCAAAAACCUCGGAGGGUGGCUUGGUCUUCUAACCCUUGCUCGAGAUUAUCCGAUAAAGCACAGAAACAUUGCGUUCAAACAGUUGCUUAUCGAGGCACAUGAUACCAAGCGGCUGAUUGUUGUCAUUCCUUUCGUUUGCAAGGUCCUGACCCAAAGCGCAAACUCGGCAGUUUUCAAACCUCCCAACCCCUGGCUCAUGGACAUUAUCCAUCUGUUGAUAGAGCUCUAUCAUCACGCAGAGCUGAAGCUUAAUCUCAAGUUCGAGAUUGAGGUGUUAUGCAAGGGUUUGAACCUUGAUCACAAGAGCAUCGAACCCUCUGGAGAAAUUCUCAAUCGACCCAUCUUAGAGGAGGCGGACGUGCUUGUCCAGGAGCAACUCGAAGCCUUUGAGAGCCUGUCAUUGAAUGGAAUUGGGUCGGCGGUUGGGCCCGGGUUAUCCCCUCAGGUUCCAACUAUCCCAGACCUCGGGCCGCUUAUCACCAUCCCUCCCACCAAUGAGAUGGUGGUCAGCACCAGCAGACUGCACGAGAUUGUUCGGACGGCUCUCACCCGUGCCCUUCAGGAUAUUAUACAACCAGUCGUCGAUAGAUCCGUCACUAUUGCUGCUAUAUCAACCCAGCAGAUGAUUCGGAAAGAUUUCAUUGCCGAACCGGAUGAAAACCGCGUCCGAACAUCUGCUAUUAACAUGGUAAAGGCCACUGCCGGCAGCCUGGCUCUCGUCACGUCCAAGGAGCCUCUACGAGCAAACUUGACCAACUAUAUGAGGAGUCUUGCUAACGACCUGCCUUCGGGUCUUCCUGAGGGUACCAUCAUCAUGUGUGUCAACUCAAAUCUGGAUUUGGCCUGCAGCAUCAUUGAGAAGCAGGCUGAGGAGCGAGCUGUGCCGGAGAUUGAGGAGAUGCUGGAAAACGACAUGGAGCACAGGAGACGACAUCGCCUUCAGCAGCCAAACGAGCCGUAUCACCCGACAGGAAUCAACCGAUGGGCUAUGACGAUUCCGAGCCCUUACAAGAUACAGCCAAGACCCGGUGGUCUCAAUGCUGAACAGAUGGCCAUCUACGAAGAUUUUGCCAGACAACCUCGCACCACUUCUUCCACGGUGGCAUCUCACGCACCAUCUGCCUCAGAGGCCACCAGGUCGUUGGCAAACGAAGUUUUGCAGGAGACAUAUAGUGGCAUGCCCAACAUACCUACCCCCGCAGAGACGCCUUCGAUCCAACAGCUUGGCGCACAACUCCAGCCCUACGCUCCAGUCCAUAAUCUUGCCGCUGCCAAUGCAAUGGGCAACGGACGAGCUGCCGGCUUUCAAAUGGAUGUUCGGGGUUUGGCAGAGCGAGUCAACAAGCUGCUACAGGAAUUAUUGCGCGUGGCUGGAGAGGCCCGAGAGGAUCAUUUUGUGGGCUUGCCUAGGCCGCACCCCGUCCUCGACGUCGUUGAUGCCCUUGUGCAGCUCAUCAUUAAGACGUCUCAAAACUCGGAAGAGUUUGCCAUCUAUGCCGCCGAGCAGAUCAGUUCACUCAUCUUCCAACAGGUUGAGGACAACCUUACGCUUGAGAGUCUUGUUCAUGUGCUAGAGACUCUUCGAAAGAUUUCCGGCCCAGCCCUAAACAGCCGAGUCCGCUCUUUGUUCGCCCAGCAGCCUGGACCCAAUUUCCUAAGUCUGCCUCUACUCGCAGCACUGAUCCGAACGGAUCUACUCGACUGGCGAAACAUUGAUCUCGCAAUGUCCAAGGUCUUGGAAGCCCGCAAGGACAAUUCGCUGGAGUUCCUCGAGCACAUGCUCGACCUUACCAUCCUCAACCAUCGGCCGAUUGCUCUGUAUGCCGACUUUAUCCGCACACUCGAGGCAGCAUGGACCUGGAUCUGUGAAGAGCCAAGCUCGGCUACCGGUCAGCGGCUAAAGAACAAGCUGAUGGGCUCGGUUCCUUCUCAGUCACCGCAAGGCCCUUCUAGCCUGGAGGAACAGUCAAUUCAGCAAGAUCAGCUAGAGUACGUCUUUGAGGAGUGGGUGCACCUUUGUAACAAUCACAACGCCUCCAGCAAGGCUACGGCAAUCUUCAUCCAGCAGCUGCACGCAAGACACGUUAUUCGCAACCGCGACGACUUCUUCUUCUUCGUGCGCAUCGGUAUCGACCUUUCGGUCGAGCGUUAUGAGCACAUUCUGCACACAGGGGCUAUCGGCGAUGCUUACAUGGCGAUCGAUGCUCUGGCCAAAUUCAUCGGCUCUUUUGCCAGCAUGAAUACUGAAACGCCGGUGUCGCGCGCAGCCUUUUUGGACUCAGUCUUGGUCCUCGUGUCCUUGGUACUGAACCACCACCAUACCAAACGAGGAGAACACCUUAACCAAAGGGUCUUUUUCCGCCUCUACUCGAUGCUCUUCCAUGAGAUCUAUUCCAUCUGCGAAGAUCUGCCGGAUGACGACCGCCGCGACGUGAUGCUGAGACUGGCUUCCAGACUGGAGACCAUCGGCCCCCAAUCUCUUCCUGGGUUUGUGUUUGGGUGGCUGCUUCUUGUUCAGCAUCGAGCCUUUAUGCCCGUGUUACUGCAGCUAGCAGACAAUGCAGGAUGGAAGGCCUUUGCCGACCUCGUCUGCCAGCUGCUCGGCUGCGUGAGCGAGCAGCUCAAGGCAUUCAAUGUUACCGACGCUGGCAAAGACCUGUCCAGGGGAACCGUGAAGUUGUUUGUCAUUUUACAUCACGAUUUCCCAGACUUUUUGGCCGCCAAUCACGUCAGGUUCUGCGCCAGCAUUCCAACGCAUUGCAUCCAGCUGAUCAACACAGUCCUGACGGCUACCCCACAGCAAAACUACGGAAAGCCCCUUGAUAACCUCAAAGGCGAUCGGGUAGAUGAGCUGAGGACAUACCCCGGCCUUGUAGAUGAUGCUGUUGCAAUCCUGACGGAGGCUGGGCUCUUGAGCAUGCUGGACCAGGUCUUCCAAAACGGCCCGGCAGAGGAGGCAGUGGCACAGAUUGCACACACAAUCACUUCGAACACGCCGACCGAGACCACGUUUGGCCAUGUGGCCAUUGCGGCGAAUGCUCAGAUCAUUGGCGCAGUUGUGAUAUAUGCCGCCCAUCAUGCUACUGAGCAGUCGCCACCGGUUACCAGCUCACCCAUUUCAGGAAGCGAACCAGAGGUUGCUCUGCUAUCUCUGCUGGUACACGAAUUGCCUCCGGAGGCCAGAUAUUAUCUGAUUGCCAGCAUGGUGAAUCAGCUGAGAUUCCCCAACCCUCACACCGAAUUCUUCAGUCAGCUCAUCCAGUACAUCUUUGGAAAAGACAUGAACGACCCUGAAGAGUCAGACAUUCGACAGGAGAUUACUCGAAUCCUCCUAGAGCGACUGGUGGGCUUCUGGCCCCAGCCCUGGGGACUUAUCUACACAGUCGUGGAACUGUGCAAAAACGAGAAGAACAUGUUCUUCGAUCUCCCCUUUAUCAGAUCGACACCAGAGGUUGCCGAACGAUUCGCCUCAGUUAUUCAACGGGUAUAG